GAAGUUAGUACUGCUUGACAUUCUAGGCUAACCUCAAAAUUGUUUAACCUAAUUGUUACAAAACAUAAUUUUCAUAAAAAAAUAAUAAUAUUAAUAUAAAGUUUAUAAUAAGGUCAAUAUGGUUUUUACAACCCUAGCACUUAUGGUCAGAGCAAGAGGCCCCGAUGAAUUCUGGAGAAAACGCAAGAUUUUCAAACUAGCUGCGCAUUACAUCGGCCGUAGACGUAACUGUUACUCAAUUGCAAUCAAAAUGGUACACAGAGCCCUAGUAUAUGCUACUAAAGGUAGAAAAUUGAAGAAACAAGACAUGGCAGAGUUGUGGGAGACUAGACUUCGUGGGGCUUGUCAGCAGUAUGGAAUAGAAUAUCAUACUUUUUAUGAGGGUUUGAAUAGAUGUGAUAUACAACUAAACAGGCGUGUAUUGUCAGAUUUAGCGAUAUGGGAACCAAGGACGUUUGAAUCGCUCAUUAGAAUAGCUCAAGAACGAGCUCGUGCUGAUGGUCUUGAAGGUGUGACUCGGUUGUCUGAACUUGAUGGUGUUAUAACUAGAGGAAUGAUUAAAGAUAAAUUGUAGACUUAUAGAUGUGUAGUUGUAGAAUAAUUAAAUAA